AUGCCGCUGCUGUUCGUCCCAGGUGCAACAAAGGAGGCCUCGUGGUCCCCCUGCGGGAGACGGCUAGCUGUCGUCACAGCAGCAGAAGGGUUGCUGCUGCUGGAGCACCCUACGUGGUGUGUGGGGGCGGAGCUGCAGCAGCGAGCAGCAGAGCAGCUGCUGCGUGCUGAUUGGCUUACAAAGCAGGAUCAGGGAGCAACAGCAGCAGCACCAACACCAGCACAAGCAGCAGCAGCAGCAAUUAGGGAGAGCGUGCUGCAGCUGGUUGCAGCGGAGGUACAGAAGCAGCUCGUGCGUUUGCCGCUGAAGCCAGAGAUAGUGCCUCAGGGUCAAGAGCAGCAGCAGCAGCAACAGCAGCAGCAGCAGCAGCAGCAGCAGCAGCAGUUGCUGCUGCAGGUGGAUCCUGAUGCGCAGGUGAAGGCGUUGCACUGGUCACCACUGGGUACAUACUUGGUAGCUAACAUACAGCUGGAUCUGAGGACGAUGCUGCUGCAGCAGCAGCAGCAGCGCAGCACCAGCAGCAGCAGCAGCAACACUGCAAGCGAGUGCGCUGCGGACGCGGGCUGCAGCGGUUCGGAAGCUGCUGCUUCCUCGGUUUCUGCUGCAGCUACAGGGACGCCAGCAGCAGGAGCAGCAGCAGCAGCAGCAGCAGCAGCUCCAUCUACGGCAGCAUCAGCCUCAGCCUCAGCAGCAGCAGCAGCAGCAGCAGCAGCAGCGGAGCACAACGUGUUUGUAUGGGAAGCAGCAACAGGAAAAGUUGUUGCUUCGCUGCAGCAGAAGCGGCUCGUGUGGCCGCUGCUGCAGUGGAGAGACGAUGAAGCCUUUUGCUGCAUACCCAAGCGGCCUCACCUUAUGUGA